AACCAAUGAUGUCAUAAUGUGUGCCUCGUUGAGCAGCCUCGGUACGGUCGUGGAUGAUGGCGGUGGAAAUCCAUGGUGCACGGCAGGUCAAUUUAUGUCAGCUGUGAAGGGCAGCCCGAUUAAUGACAUAGAGCUGACUGGUGUCAAGAACCACGAGAUGGAGCUUGUGAAUCCUGUGUUGCGUGCCGUCCAAAAUGUUCGUGCGAUUCUCAAAUCGCACAAAACCCUUGACGUCGAUGAGAAAGGACAGGGUUGUGAUUCAGAGACUUGGCCAAAAUCUUUCGGCGCAGACCAACGAAGACGACAACGAAGCAAACUAAACAUUGCACGAUCCGACGUGAACUUGUACGAAGUCUGUUACGACGGCCACAAAGGCUACACCAGCAAGGCUUUUAAAUUGUUGUGCUCAGGGACGGACACUUUAAAUGAUUCUCAGACUUUGCAACCUUCGGGGGCAGGACGUGGUUGUCAUAUGGCCGAAAACGAUGUAAAAAGGGCAUUUCCCAGAGUCUAUGACAGGAUGACAGGUCAAGAGAGUAAACAGAGGAUAGGAGCCAGGGAACAAAUUGCUGUGGGUGACAGAUUCUUUAAGAGAAACUUUGUAACUGGAAGUUCCUCGGAACAACGUUUCAACAGAUCCCCCGCUCCAGGCUGGUUUUGGGAAGUUGUAGCGCUGGGUACAAGUCAAGAGGUUUCUAUCAAAAUGGACAAGGACAUGGGUUAUGAGAAAGGACUUUCGGUGGACAAUCAAGCGGAUGUCAAAGGUGGUACCGCGUAUACUGGACGUUUAGGAACAACAAACGGGUACCCGUCUCACGUCAAAGACCGCGCGGCAGGGCGUUUUGUUAGAGGGGCCACACGAAAGGCACCGUGUGCCGGUGCUGGUUAUGAUGAACGUCUUUGUUUCCAAAGUCUAGAGAGGAGGUUGCGAGCUCCGAAAAAAGGAGUGGAGAAGCCCAAAUACUCUGUGGUGAGGAUGUGCUCCGAUUGCAAUCAGUUCACGCCUGUGAGCGAGGAAGUAGUUUCGGAAUUGGCGGGCAAACAGUCUGAGCACGAGAAGACUGCACAACGUAAUGAUGGGAACUGUACAAGGGCUUUGAGAGGAGGAAAUGUCGUUGCUGAUUCUGUUGAGCAAACAAUCAAAGCAAACCACGUAGCCGUAGAUAAUACGCUGGAUCAGAAAAACGUUUCGUUCUGUGUCACCCACGGGGAACGUACAGAAUCCCAGGAAGGUCAUCGUGUGACAGCAGAUGUUUCCAAGACUCCUGCUGAAAAUGUGAAUUUUUCGGACGCUGGAAUCAAAAAGAGAGGCAGUCGAGAGCUGACAGGGGAAAACUACGUUUUAGGAGAAGCACCUGCUGAUGUUAUUCGUGCUCCGCAAGAUAGCAGUCCUCCUUCCCCUUACACACCCGCCCCUGUCGCUUUGGGAGUUUGCCACAGAGAUUCUUCCGCCCCUAGGGUUUCAGGGGGAAAUGCCGAUACCAAAGACAGGGAAGGUACGGAUCCUCAAAGCUGUACAGAAGAAGAAAGCUGUUCUAGAAAACCUUGUGGGAAAAGAUGGAUUUCUCUGGGAACUCCAGUCAAAAAGAAAGACUGGAACAACACUGAAAUGUCAGCUUAUUCCCAUAUACACGUUCCGAAGACGAUGGGGGGUAAGAAAAGCCAUGCGGCACACGAGAAGUCGAGAUCUUCACAGUGCAAUGGUGAAGAGGUCAAGACAGGAGGUCAGGAACCCCACGAAAUGAAUUACCAUCUCAAUCCUUUACAGCUGCUCCCAAACAGAGCCCCAGGGAAACGUCUCGGGAGCAAGCCACUGGGUCAAGCCGUUAUGUACUUCAGCUGUGACGAUAAGGCGGCUCAGAGGUCUGUGGCAGUUCAUCAAAUGCCAAGGUCAAAGGUCAACACAAUGCCACGUUCCCGCAGAUUUCAAGGCCGCGGCAGUAGAGCUAUCCACCACACUCGUGAGCAGGCCAAGUGUGAGGAGACUGGCAGAGAUGUGGGCGUGUCUCAGACAGAGACGAAUGUCAACGUUGGAAGGACGAGUGAGGAAUUCUUUACCAGAUUCCCGAGCCACCAUCAACUGUCCAGCUCUUCCAAUCUUCAGGCCGCCAUAGCUGCCAGUAGAAAGGCUCAACUCAAGUCGCGUGACAGGAAGACGCCAAUUGUUUCGAAAUCCAGUAGUGGAAGACCGACCAGCACACGGGGAGACAGACGUGUGAGUGCGACUCCUGCACACAGACGGCCCGUUGGGUCAGCUCACUCGGACACAGCUGUUUCCGCCCCGGACUCCAUGACGUACCCUGUGCUUAAACCGUCACGACUUGAAACUUUCACCGUCACAAUUUUGAACGGUCACCGUCACUGCUUUAAACGGACACAUAUUAAUUAUUAUUGAGGGUAAAUUGGGUGGUGCCCUGGUGUGGUUUGCUUCUUCUUCCCUAUCAAAUAUAUAUCGCCCUUAUCUCUCCUCUUCCCGGUGUUUUUUGUGUUUCUUACUCUCUUAUCACACCUCAAAUCGUUCGCACUUGUGUGAUCUAAUUGUGCUGCAAGUGCAGUAAAACUCUUACUAAAACAAGAUCACAGAUUAAAGGAGAAAUACCACGUGUUUAUAUCAGUCUUUACACCCUUCUCUCGACAUAUCCUAAGAGACACUCUGUACUUAAACUGACCACAAAUUUAACUGACCACAGACUCGAGGACAAGAAAAAUCACAUUUUCACGUUUUUAUAUUCUUGCACUCUUUUCUUGAUUUAUUUCAACCAAAUAUGGUCUCCCAUUCUGUAGAUUCGUGAGUGGCUGGUAGGUGCUCUGGUAUGGUUGGUAUGGUUUGUUCCUUCUUUCCUAUCAAACAUCUGUCCUUCUUUAUUUGCUUUGUACCCGGUAUUUUAUUCUUUACUAACACCUCUAAUCUUCGGUACUUAUAUGACUUUAUGUGUUAUAAAUGUGGUAAAACUGUAGCUGCAAAUAAAAAGAAAACUAAAUGAAGAUUCUUAUAAUGUUGUUUGUUGUAACCCCAAGAAGACGUCAUCGCCCGUGACUUUGGCGCCUGAUGUAACCGUCCGUUUGUGCCUACAUUUGGUAGCUUUUGAGCACAAGUGGGCUAUCCCGAAAAAUGCUGUUUCGAGAAAAUCGAAGGUAAAGAUUUUGCCCCUUAUUCAGU